CACGUAUGAAGUUAGAAUGUGGGGAAGGUAAUCCAAAUGCAAAGCUAAAACCACGUCCACAAGAGCCAAUCAUUUCUAGACCAUUCUCCCCUCAGGUAGAAAUCCACCUUUUCAACUCUAACUAGGGAAGAGUUGAUGAUAUUAUAUUAGCUUUCUUGGUGACACAAGAAAACCCACAAACUUCCUAAUCUCAAUUUCUGCUAUUGAGUCUUCUUAAAGUUGCAGAGAGUGAGUAUAUCACCAUCUCUCUUAAUUCUCUCUCCCACUUUUUAAAAAUUGAGAGAAAUGGGAACAAUUGUAUACAGCACCUGUUGUCUUUCUUGGAAAAACAUCCAGCAGAAAAUUCCUUUUUCCCAUGUGGAUGCUCAUUUUGCACCUAAAACGGGGCGUUCAAUUACAAAAGCUGUUGUAGCCUCUUCAAGAGAAAAUGGCUGUGUGGAUGAAGAGAGUGAGAGAUUUUCUGGGUUUUUGAAGAGAAGGUCGGCUAUAGUUUCUGGGGUGUCCUUGAUUUCUUCUGCAGUUUUGGGUUUUCAAGGAGAGGGAUUGGCAGUGGUGAAACAAGGUCUUCUGGCAGGGAGGGUACCUGGUCUCUCUGAACCAGAUGAACAAGGUUGGAGGACAUACAGAAGACCAGAUGACAAGUCAGGAGGCCAUGGUGUCGGAUGGAGUCCUAUCAUUCCUUAUGUCUUUAGGGUGCCUCAAGAUUGGGAAGAGGUUCCUGUAUCCAUUGCAGAUUUAGGAGGUACAGAGAUCGAUUUGAGAUUUGGUAGCCCAAAAGAAGGACGCCUGUUUGUCAUUGUUGCUCCUGUUCUGAGAUUUUCAGACGAUCUUGGUGAUAAUGCUACAAUAGAACGAAUUGGACCUCUGGAUAAAGUGAUUAAUGCAUUUGGGCCGGAGGUAAUCGGGGAGAAUGUAGACGGGAAGGUAUUGAGUGCUGAAGUAACAGAACACUCUGGAAGAAAAUAUUAUCAGUAUGAGUUAGAGCCACCUCAUGCUCUGAUCACAGCAACUGCAGCAGGGAAUCGCCUCUACUUGUUCAAUGUAAUUGGAAACGGUCUCCAAUGGAAGAGGCACUACCAGGACUUGAAAAGAAUAGCUGAUUCUUUCAGGGUAGUUUAAUUGGGGGAUUAUCUCCGAAAGUGUGAUAGCACAAUUUCUACAGCAUUGUAUACAACAAAGAAACAAAAGUGCCUGCAUAUGCGGUUGGCCUCAGAUAAAAAAAUACGUAUUGUGUAUUCAUAUCAAAUCAUCCUGAUAAAUUAUAAGAUACAGAGGUUCAAUCUCCA